AUGGUUAACAGUUUAGAAGAACGUCUCAAGACUCAUUCAUCUGCAUUUGACGGAUUAUUAUCAUUAAUCCCAGCCAAAUACUAUUAUGAUGAUUCAACCAAAGAUCAAUGGAAACAAAAGAAAAAGUCCAAGCAAGAUUUAAAACAAAAUAAACGUGCCAAGUUAAACCCAGAAACUAAUGACGAUAGUGCUAAAGAUGUUAGCGAUUCCCGAGCCAAUAAUGCCAGUGAAAUUGAAUUACCUAAAAAGCUUCCAAAACCCAUUACUGAAGAUGAAGAUGAAGAUGAUGUAGAAAUACCCGAUAUGGAUGUAAGUGGAGAUGAGGAUGACGAUAUCAUGAACGACAAUCAGUUGAUUUUUGAUGAUGAUGGGAAUGAAGUUGAAACUGAAACUUACCCCAAGCAGGAAAUACAACAUGAGAAGAAGUCCAAGACCAAGACAUUAUCUCCAGAAGAGAAACAAAAAAGGGAUGAAAGUUUAUCAAAAUUAAGAGAAAAGUUGGCCAGUAAGAUAAAUACAUUAAAGGAAAAAAGAAAAGCGCUUGGAACUAAAGUUUCUGGUGCUCCACAAUCUCGUGAACAAAUCUUGGCUGAACGUAAACGAAAGGAAGAAUUGAAAAAGAGAAAGCAUCAAGAUUUAGAAGAAGAAUCUGAUGAAUCUGAUAAUGAAUUGUCCUCCGACGAAGAAGAACAAGAAGAAUCUUCUAAAUCGGUUCUUUACGGUAAUAUCGUAUUCCAAGAUGGUUCACAAGUUACUUCGGAUUUAACUAAAUUCCGUAAUAGUGCUGAAAAGAAGAAACAAAAGGGACCAGCAAACAACGAUCUCAAAGCACACUUAUUAAAAUUAGAACAAAAGAAGAAAAGAUUGGCAACUUUAGCUCCUGAAGAACAAGCAAAGCAACAAGAAAAAGACAAAUGGCAACGAGUUCUUGCUCAAGCCGAAGGAAUUAAAGUCAAAGACGACGAAAAAUUAUUAAAAAAAGCAAUUAAACGUAAAGAAAAGCAAAAAUUAAGAAGUGAAAUUGAAUGGAAGGACCGUAAGCAAAUAGUUAAAGAUACUGUGGCUGCAAGAGCAAAGAGAAGAGAAGAAAACUUAAAAGCAAGACGAGAAAAUAAAGGUAAGAAAGGUAAAAAUCAACCAAGGUUAAAGAAGUUCACUGGGAUUGUUAACAAGAAUGCUCAAGGUAAAAAGAAGAGAGCAGGCUUUGAAGGAAGUGCAAAAUCAAACAAGAAGAAGUAA